AAUGGCUGUUGUCAGUCAGACAAAGGCGAGUCAGUUCGUCUCUGAUUGAAAAUUAUAAUCAGUCUACGGGGCCGGUCAAAACUGUAAAAUGGAUGGCUGUCGUUGGGUGAAGUAGUAAGGGCUUCAUCGGAUUCGACUGUUUGAUGCAACUGUUAUACGAUCUGAUGCACUGAUCUCGUGACAAGAUUCAAGAAAAAGGAUGUCUCACUACACGGAUGAGCCUCGCUUCACCAUCGAGCAGAUCGACCUGCUGCAGCGUCUGCGUCGUACGGGGAUGACGCGCGCCGAGAUCCUGCACGCGCUGGACACCCUGGAGCGCCUGGAUCGCGAGCACAGCGACAAGUUUGGCCGCCGCCCCCCGGCCCCGCCCCACGCCAUGGCCCCGCCCGCCUCCGUCGGCCCCGGCAACAGCGGCGUCUCCACUAGCAACAGCAACAGCAGCGGUGGCGACAUCAUGGCCGCCCCCCUGGCCCUGCCCUCCUCCUCCUCCUCCGCCUCUCACUCCAUCGCCACGCAGACACAGCAGUACCACGCCUCGCCCCUCUCCCCGUCUCCCAGCAACAGCUACGCCCCGUCGCCGCCCCCCGGCCCUGGUCCGGGCCCGCCCCCCUCUGCCGCCGCGCUCCUGCCCUCGGCCGUCUCGCUGGUGGCUAUGCCUCAGAACGGCCGCGACAGCCUGGCGGCCACGCCCAACGGCAAGCUAUCGCCGCCCCGCUACCCCGUCAACAGCGCGCGCAACGCCUUCGCCUUCGAGGCGGCCGACGAGGACCUGGACAUCGACGACAAGGUGGAGGACCUCCUGAGGCGGGACAGCAGCAUGGUGAAGGAGGAGAUCAAGUCCUUCCUGGCCAAUCGCCGCAUCUCUCAGGCCGUGGUGGCCCAGGUCACAGGCAUCAGUCAGAGCCGCAUCUCCCACUGGCUACUGCAGCAGGGUUCUGACUUGAGCGAGCAGAAGAAGCGAGCUUUCUACCGCUGGUACCAACUGGAGAAGACCACCCCAGGUGCCACUCUGAACAUGCGCCCCGCCCCCAUUUCCCUGGAGGAGAUGGAGUGGCGCCAGACUCCGCCCCCUCUGACCACGGCGGUGGGCACCUUCAGACUACGGAGAGGCAGCCGCUUCACAUGGAGGAAGGAAUGCCUCGCCGUCAUGGAGAGUUACUUCAAUGAGAACCAGUACCCUGAUGAGGCCAAGAGAGAGGAGAUCGCCAAUGCAUGCAACGCAGUCAUCCAGAAGCCAGGUAGGAAGAAGCUGUCUGACCUAGAGAGGGUGACUUCCCUGAAGGUCUACAACUGGUUCGCCAACCGCCGCAAGGAGAUCAAACGCAGAGCAAACAUUGAAGCCACAAUACUGGAGAGCCAUGGCAUCGACGUGCAGAGUCCUGGAGGACACUCCAACAGCGACGACAUCGAUGGCAACGACUACGCAGAGCAGCUGUCGUUGCAGGGCUGUGACGUCCCCUACUUCGAGAAGAGGUCCAUGACGCGGCCGUUCGGCUUCUACCGCCUUGAGCCCACCUCCCCCACCCAGGUGAACCCCCCGACACCCCCUGCACAGGACGACGCUGCAGGUCACGGUGAUCACCAGGACCCCAUCUCGCUGGCAGUGGAGAUGGCGGCUGUCAAUCACACCAUCCUGGCCCUAUCACGGCCCGGAGUGGGCGGGGUCCCCAGUGACAUCAAGACCGAGGCAUUGGAGGAGGAGUGAUGGGCUUACUGUAGAUGCAAUACCACGGACAUGGGAAGGGAGGCGACAAAGAGUUGACAUUGGAAACUGUGUGUGUGUGUGUGUGUGUGUGUGUGUGUGUGUGUGUGUGUGUGUGUGUGUGUGUGUGUGUGUGUGUGUGUGUGUGUGUGUGUGUGUGUGUGUGUGUGUGUGUGUGUGUGUUUGUUUGUUUGUUUGUUGGUCUGUGUGUGUGUGUAUGUCAGUAUCGGAGACGUAUUGCAAUGACCAAGCCAAUUGUAAAGCCCCACCCAACCUACUCACGUAUACUCUGGAAAAAAAAAACAACAACAACGUUCUAUCUCCUGACCUUGCCCAAUCACUGUUUGCUCCUCCCUCCCCCUUCCUCGUUCGCUGUCCAAUGACUGUCCAGCAGAACGCCAUUGGCUCCUCCCAGACGUUUCUUGUGAAGACUGUUCUCGCGACGGAGAGAGGCCUCCGUGGAAUCCUCAGCCAUCUUCUUGCCCGGAAUAGAUACCACAGUGUGUGCAUUCCAAUAUGCGACCUUGCGUCCUUCACUUGUGCUUGUGGCCUCACGUUUUGCUGAUGCCCCGCCUCCGUGGCUCCGCCACAACAAUUUCACCAUCCGGUUUGCAAAUGAGAAAAUGACUUUACAAUUGAGCUUUUGCGAGAUAGUGGAAUAUAAUGCUGUUGUCAGUGAUGUCAUCAUGAGGUAUUACUUCCUGGUACGAGGCCACAAGCACAAGUGGAGGACGCAAGGUCACAUAUUCGAAUGCACCACAGUAUCUUUGAUUUCCUUCACUUUUUUUCGAACCCACGUUCUCCUCCUCCUCCUCUACCUUCAGGAACCUCUAAAAACACACUCAGUACCUCUCAAAAACCGGUUAGUCUCAACUCUCAACCCAGUGGAGAUGGAUCGAAAAGGCAACUCUCUCUGUCUGUCUCUCUCGAUUCUCUUUCAUACCUCUUCAGUCGUUAAAACUGUGCUUCCUCGCAACUGUGCAUUCACUGGUAUUGGAUGGGGGUGGGUGGGUGGAUGGAUGACGCGCCAACGUGUGGAAAUGUGAGAAUGAAUGGUGCCUCCACCACCACCACCAUAGUUGCUCUCUCUCUCUCACACACACACACACACACACACACACACACACACACACACACACACACACA